UGGGUUGACACUCUUGGCUAGCUAAGUUUAUCGAUAUGAUGUGUGUCUGUAUUUUGUGUUAGCGUGUACAUAUAUGAAUUUACAUUUUCCAGUGUGCCGAGAGAGAAUGAUAAGUACAUGUAUGUUACGUAAAGUGAUUGUUAUGUUUAAAGUGAAUACAAUGUAUAAGUGUUGUUUGAUACGAGGAAAUCUGCAGUAUUACAAUGGACACUGUUUUAUAAUAUUGAAAUAAAGAUGAAAAAUACGUAAGUGUUAUAUAACGAGUCUUCUUCAAUACUCGUCAUGUGCCCUCUAUAUAACUUGCUUGUCUCAACACUUCCGCAUAGUUGUUUGAACCCAGUCCCCUCUCUAUAGCUCAUAUCCUGAUGGGAGCUAUGAUAAUGAUUUAAACGCCAGUCAAUAAACAACAAACAGUCAUGGCUGAGUUUGAAGAAGACACGAAAAAGGAUUUUGACUUGGAGGUGGUUGAGGUGAAUUUUAGGGAAAGUUUGAAAGAGGAUCAUGACGUUGACUUGAAAUGUUACUUACGAGCCUACAGUGAACUGGCCAGGUUUUUCAGACUUUGUGGAACACUAUUCUAUUUUGUUGCCAAAGAUUUGGAAGGAAAAAUCAAUGUUAUAACGGACCUCAUGCAGAAAAACAACCAGGCUUACUGUACAGUUAAAGCCCUGAUGCUUCAGGAGGCGAGCUCUAGUCAGAGACCAGGCGCAUGCGCACUACUGCGCCUCCACCGAGCGCUAGAACUCAUCCUCCAGUUUAUGGCCCGGCUAUCCAAAAGUUCCGACGACGAACGGACGUCAGACAUUGCAGCUGAAGUAUACAAAAAUACAAUGGCGAAACACGACACGUGGCUUGUCCAGAAAUUGGCGGGAUUCGCCAUGUAUACACUUCCCUCGCGAAAGACUCUGAUUGAGACGAUGUGUAAACAGGACUACGAACAGUCGUCGCUUCUGGUCCAAAGAGCCACAGAGGCAGGAAAACCAGUGUUUGACGCUAUAGACUUAGAAUUCACUUCCCGAGGAAUGAACUGAGAGAGAGAGAGAGAGAGAGAGAGAGAGAGAGAGAGAGAGAGAGUGAGUGAGUUUUCAUUUAUUAAAAUCUGUGAUAAUCAAUCUUGUGAUUGUUCUUUAUAAGAAUUUUCAUGUAAACGGU